AUGCCCGCCCCCGCAGCAAACAAGCGCAACAAGCGCGUGAGUCGCAACAUCAUCAUCGGCUCCGAAGCCUGGGCCCUCCCACCCGUGGGCCAUCCCGACCGUCCCAAGGGCGUGCCCGACGACCACACCAAGCGCUGGACCGUCUACGUGCGCCAGCCCGACGGCGACCCCUCCCUCACAACCUGGCUGAACAAGGUGCAAUUUAAGAUAUUCAAUACCUACGAGAACCCGCUCCGCACAUGCGACAACCCGCCCUUCCAGGUCACCGAGACCGGCUGGGGCGGCUUCACCAUCGACAUACGGUUGCAUUUCCAGCCCAUCAGCGGCGAGAAGGCGCAGUACAGGCAGCACUUCCUGCAGCUGGAGAAGUACGGCGACGAGAAGCUGCAGGCCGAGCAGGAAAGGACAGGCUGUGUGAGGAGCGAGUACCUGGAGGUGGUGCAGUUUAAUGAACCCACCGAGGCACUGUACGAGGCGCUCACCGCGGACGACCAAUGGAGCUAUCUUGCGCUGGGCGCGAAGGGUGGUAAGAAGACCUCGAGCAUGAGCACGGGACCCAAUGGACGGCCGAAGCGCGGGUUUCCCAACGGCGAGCGGAGUGCGCAGUUGCCGGAGAAGGGAGGCGACGACAUACCUUUCAGCCAGGAGCAAGAAGCCGAGCUGAUGAACCAGCUCAAGGCGAAGAUGCAGAUGGUCGAGAAGGCACUGGAAGAGGAGAACAAGAAGAGAGAAGACACGGAGAGCAAGCUCAAAUCGCUGAGGGCUGAGCUGGGACACGAGGCUGCGCAACAGGCGGCACAACAAGCGAGUGGCGAUAGAAGUCGGAGGAGGUGA